GUUGACUCCAAGGUGAUCCGGGUGAGGCGGUGAGAAGACGAACAUCCAACGGGGUGUCAAAUACAGAGAACAUCUAAUUCUGACGGGAUACAACUCGCUUGCGAGAGAAAAAACAACGGAGCACGGCACAUCUCAACAGUCUUCAUGAGUGGUUAUCGAAGUUUUCAUCGGGAAAGUCUCGGAUCCUUUCCCAUUUGGCAAGUUGCUAGCAGUCCUGUACUCAGAACAGGAAGCAGCAACUUGGCUGCGAGCCAAGCUGGAACAGCGUGGAGAGUGUGGGUCGCGUGCGGAGAUGGCGUUGUGAGAGGCUACCUGGUAGUGGAGAAAACACUGGAAACACAGAAGGACGCCCUGGAUGCGGCAAAUUGCAAGUGCGUCCUGACGCAUGUAUUGCUCGGGUCGUCACAGGAACAUCCAGGCACGAGCACUGACAGCGAGGAAGGGGUACAGAAAAUGACCGCCAUUGGAUGUUCCCAGGUUCAAGUUGCGCGAAAUUAUGUAGGCGAAGAUGAUGCGGCCGGAGAUCUGAUUGUGGUUUCCUCGGAUUUAUCUGGCAAAAUCAGAAUAUGGGUGUUGCCGGAAGACAUGGACAACGGCUUAUCACAGAUAGAAGAUGGGAGCAGCGAUGGUGCCGAGGUGAGCCCCGAGGUCUCGCAAGAAUUUUGGGUCGAAAAUGCUACCGGUACCUGCAUAAAGAUCAUGCCGCCGAACGUUUCUGGUGUUGGUGACAUCCUCCUCGCAGUCCCUUGUUUGGACGGGACGGUGGCUCUCGUAGCCACAGGUCUGACAACGCCCAAAUCCCAGAGUGAUUCUACCACAGCCGGGGUGGUUGUGGAUCGCUGGUCCAAGGCAGCCACUUCGAUUGCUCUGAGCGGAGCUUGGCAUCCCCUAAAAAAAUCCUUUGUGGUCGGACGACAGGACGGUCUAAUAGAGAUAUUCGGAGAACGUUCCCAUCGGUUGAUUCAACACGAGGCACCCGUUCGCGGUGUAGCAUAUACCCCCGAUGGGAAUUUGAUGAUCACGUCUAGCGACGAUGGUAUGAUUUGCAUGUGGGAUACUUCAAGGUCUAGUCCGGUUCUUGUGCAGCACGUUGUACAAGCCCAUGCCACGUGGGUGCUUGGCUUGGCGUCUCUUUCUGACUCUCGACGAUUCAUAUCCUGUGGCGCGGAUCGGCAGAUACAUGUUUGGAGCGCAGGGCAAAUGGAUCAAGCCCAGCAUAGCUUUACGAGCGACGACGUUGUUUGGACCAUCGAUUCGCUGACGACAGCUGGUAAAAACACAGCAAGUUUUUCGCAGACACAGUCACGGCUGAUUUCUGGAAGUGAGAAGGGUGGAUUGCACAUUUAUACACUCGAGUCUUGAAGUUAUGAGUCAAGAAGCUGUGCUCCAAAUUAUUGAUUUGUAGCUUUCGCCAAGGUACAAAAUUAUACCUAAAAUAAGAUACUUAGUGAGUA